GACUUCUCUAACUCUCCGUCAUUCAUGCACAAUCGACACUUAAUACACAUAGUAUCAAUACCUAGUGUGUGGAUACUAUAGUACUCGAUUCUGUACAGUACACAAAUUCAAUACAACAAAACGCGUGUUUAUUUGUGAAGCAAGUGCAUCGCACCCCGAACGCAGUUUCCACCAGUGAAAGAAGCAACAAUUUUAAGGAUGAAGAAAAUCAUCUUCUAUCUCGGCAUCACGAUCGUCCUGAUCGUCAUCUUCGUGCAGAACGUCUCCGCAAAACCAUAUAGCAGAGUCAAACGUGUCUCGGAUCAACGUCUCGCCGAACUUGAAACGCUUGUAGCGCUUAGCAAGAUGUCCGGAAAGUUGGUCACCGUUCCGCUCGGCUACGGCAAAUUCGACCCAAAAAUAAUUGGCCGCAAGAGGCGCUCUCAAACCUCCUUGCUCCUGGACAAAUUGUUCAGCACCUCCGCGGAUGAAAAUUUCGUAAUUCCGAUGCCGCUCCAGGAUCGGUCCAAUUACCUGCAGGACGAUUACGAACGAUAAAUACGUACACAACAUACCAGCAGCAAACCCAAAAGACACCGAACUAAACCACUAACUCGGAAAGAUGUAUAAAGGAAAUAACAAAACAUUAAGUUAGCAAGAAAUAUACAUAUAUUGAGAAUUUUGUUUUCUAUAGU